CCUAGGGCUGUGCUGCAGCACGCUAGCGAGACCUGGACUCGGCUGCUAGCUUGGCUACUGAACCGGGGAGACCGCCGUAAUUUAUCGCCUAUCAGACAGGCGUGCUGACAUCCAAUCCAUCCAUUUUGUCGCCUUUCUUCUCCUUCUUUCAAACACAUCUUACUUGCCAACGCUCAAUCCAAGGACCUCUGCUCUCAAGGCCGGAUUCAAGGUACCGAUUCUCAACUGCGAAGCAAAAGACUCCGGGCUUGCAAUUUUCUCAUGCUUGGUUAGACCAACGGGGCAGCCCUUCGCUCCAAUGGUUUCUGCCAUAUAACCGUCGCCGAUAUCGCCAGCUUCAAACCCCAAUUCGCCUCUGGGAACCAUAGCUCGUCGCCAUGUCGCUCUUCUGUGGCCUUAUACGGCGCCGUAGCGCAAAGGACGACAAACCUCGCCGCGCGCGUACUAUGUCCAUCUUUGGCAACUCCAACUUCCAGGCCAUAGGCGCUCUCAAGGGCAUGGUUCGUUUCACCACCGCCGCAUCCCCAGCUCCCAUGUAUGGUUGGGAACAGCCUCCAGCACAGAAGAAACCGCCGAUUGACGAAUGCUCCAGCCGGAGUUCUGACCAGCAAGCGCCAAUUCCCGAUAUACCAGACAUCCAUAUUACUACUGAGAUGCAUGAGGCCCUCGACCGUACAUACCAUGACCUGCGGGGUUCAGAACCGCGACUAUCCAAAGCCAAGUUUGCUGAAUUCCUACGAACUGUCCAGGGCGAGAGCGAGAGCGCCGUCAGCGAACUUGCUAAGGAGGAUUAUUCCUUGGGAGAUUUCAAAUACACUUGGGUUACCGACUUCUCAUGGGAGGCCACCGGGCCCUUGCCCGAAAAGGAUCUCUCGAAACCUCUCACAAAUUACUUUAUUAGCAGCAGUCACAACACAUAUCUGGUUGGGAAUCAACUGGCUUCACUGAGCAGAAGCUCCCCUGAAGCAUACAGAACCGUUCUUCUUCGGGGAUGUCGUUGUAUCGAGAUUGAUGUGUGGAAUGGGGAUACAAUUAUUCCCACAACGAGAGGCAGAGCCACCAAGAUUGACCACAAGCGUGGACUCUCGGGCGAAUCGUUCCCCAAUGUCGCUACCACGGUGAUCGACAAGGUUGAAGGCUAUCUUGGUGACAAAACCGCCAAUCGCUCCCGCAGUACCAGCUUAGGAAGCCGAAAUUCCUCCCCACGAUCGAGUUUGAAUCAAGUUUCGCUCGAGACACGAGAAUCUGGAGACCGUCUUGACGUUGCUAAACCUCUUUCACCACGCACAAGGCAGUCGUUCCCCAAAGACGAGCCAAUUGUGACCCAUGGAUGGACCCUGACUGCGCCGUGUGGGUUUCGAGAGGUGUGCAGAGCCGUUGGCGAGUCUGCAUUCGUUGAUAAUGACCUUCCAAUUAUUGUCAGCCUGGAGGUGCACGCUGAUGAGGACCAGCAAGAGGUCAUGGUCAAAAUCAUGAAAGAGGAAUGGGGCGAGAUGCUUGUGGAUAAAGCAUUCGAUGAUACUGGCCCUAGAUUGCAACUCCCGAAGUUGGGCGAGCUGCGAAAGAGAAUUCUCGUAAAGGUUAAGAAGGCUCCUGCGAAGAUCGUGGUGCCUCCCAGCACUAUGGAUCUACCUGCUAUUUACGCACACGACGAAGAUGCAUCGGGGUCUGAGGAUGAGCAUCCCUUGCAGUCCACAGGACCAUCCCUGACAGGUUCUAACAGUACGUUUCCUUCACACGAGAAGAACACCAGCUCCAAGGUCCGGAUCUGUGAGAACCUUGGCAAACUUGCCGUGUACACACGCAGUCAGCACUACAAGGGUCUCGCAACUAAGGAAGCCAAAAUUCCUGCCCACAUUUUUUCCAUCAGCGAGAAUCGUAUCCUAGAACUUCACCAGAAGCAGCAUCGCGACAUGUUUACCCAUAACAAGGGAUACUUCAUGCGCGCUUUCCCCGCAGGUCGAAGGUUCGAUAGCUCAAAUCCAGACCCAAGUCUCUUUUGGCGUGGCGGUGUUCAGAUGGUCGCCAUGAAUUGGCAAUAUCUGGAUGAAGGCAUGAUGCUCAACGAAGGCAUGUUUGCAGAUGAGAAGGGUUGGGUCUUGAAACCGGAGGGUUAUCAGAGUUCAAACAAGUCUGCAGAGACUCAGGGCGAAGCCACACCAGGUCGUACCAUGAAUUUGAGGAUCACAGUUUUUGCUGGACAACACAUUCCGAUCCAAGCUGGCGACGCAGCGGACGUCGGUCGCUCCGCCAGUACCCUUAGGCCGCUGAUAAAGGCAGAGCUGCAUGUCGACAAACCAACCGACGCUGAACGUGACGCAUAUAUGCAGGAACACAAGUACAAAGAUAAAACGGACGUUGGUAAGACGGACCAUCCCGAUUUCGGCCCCCACGGCUCGACCCUCCAGUUCUUGAACAUUCCCAAGGUGGUCGAAGAGCUCAGUUUCAUCAGGUUCAAGGUCGAGGACGAUUCAACCAAGCUUGGCAGCUCGCCACUGCUUGCCUGGGCUUGCAUUCGCCUAGACCGUCUGCGACCCGGCUAUCGAUUCAUCCGACUCAUGGACUCGAAGCCCCGCGUUGUACCAGGGGGGAAGCUGCUGGUUAAAAUUGAGAAGACCCUGGUUUGAUCGAUAGUAUAGUUCAUCCUUGCGAAUGAUGCUGUACAUCUGAUCCCAAGGGCAUUACUCGUGUACUGUGGCAACUUCCUGCUGUGAUGAUGCUUUGUGCAUGCUGCACAGCACUACGACAGCGUCUACAGCAACCCGCGUCACACACAGACUGGCCAUCGGUCUUUGGCUGCCAGCAUAUCUCAUUUCCUCAUCCUGAGGUUUAGCCCGGUCAAGUCUCUUAGACACUUUCGGCCUUUCUGAAAAUGUGUCAAAUCACGGUCAGAUCGUAUACGCGGAUGAGCUCUCAUCCUGGAGGAGGUUUGAGUAACUGACCCCCGUUUUGUUUUCUGUGAUAGUGUUUUAUUGGACUGAUAAUGGUAUAGCUGGGAUUUUGGUAAGAUUUAGACAGGAGUUUUGGGAUACCCAGGAACAAUGAAUGUUUUGUGCCAUUUCUCUUUGCCCUCAAGCCUUCCGCCGUUUGUCGUAGUCAGUGCUGAGUCGAAU